ACAACUGUGUAUUCAAUUGUAAAAACGAUUUUAGACCCCUGUGAAUCGAUAGUAUGUCCUGAUCCCGAAAUAUGUCAAUUAGAUGAAAAACGAAACCCCAUAUGUCGAUGUAGCGAAUCGUGUCCCUUAGAGAUAAAUCCUGUGUGUGCCUCAGAUGGGAAAACGUACGAAAAUGAAUGUUUCUUACGACAAGAAGUAUGUCGAACUGGUAGAUCAGUUAGCAUGAUGUAUUCAGGAAAAUGUACUACAGACGAAAAUCCAUGUGAAGAGCUAGAAUGCAAACAUUACCGGGAAUGUUCCAUCGACAAACGAGGUCACGCUACUUGCGUAUGCCCUCCACCCUGCGAAAUGAAGAUGAAACCAGUAUGUGGAAACGACGACCGUACCUAUUCCUCUCUGUGCGAAUUGAAAAGGACGGCAUGUACUUUUAAUCUUACGCUUGAACCAGCGUAUCAGGGUGUGUGUGGCGAAAUGGGUCCCUGCAGCCAUCACGUAUGCCGUUUUGGCGCCGUUUGCCAAGAAAAAAAUGGCAUUGCUGCCUGUCAAUGCUUCACUUGCUCCUCCGAAUUUCAACCUGUCUGCGGAUCCGACGGUAUCACCUAUGGAAACAUAUGCAAACUUAAAUUAGAAUCUUGCAAACAACAGCAGGAAAUUCGUGUCAUGUACACGGCCCCCUGCGAUGGAUGCGAGAGUCGAAAAUGUGACUUUUAUUCGAUGUGCGUACCAAACGAAGAUAUAGGGACACAAUGUGUUUGUCCAACUUCUUGCACAGACGCAAAGCUUCUUAAAGGUCCCGUUUGUGGUAAUGAUGGUGUGACAUACGUAAACGAAUGCGAAAUGCGGAUGAUAUCAUGCAAAACUCAACAACUCAUUUCGGUAUCCUAUCGUGGACCGUGCAACUCGUGCAACGGGGAGGAAUGUCCCAUAGAUGGGGACGAUUGUAAAUCCGGUAAUUGUCAAUGUCCUGUAAAAUGCGAGGGCGUUAGGGAAGAGCCUGUCUGUGCAUCCUCGAAUAAAACGUUUAUUAACGAAUGCGAAUUUCAAAAAGCAAACUGCGAACGAUCGCCUGAUCUACUUCCUCUUACCAUCUUGUUCUAUGGAAAUUGUAGCGAACGAUUUACCGCUGCAUCAACUCUAACUCCCUACUCCUCGGUUGGGGUCGAUUCGAAACUUGGCAAUAUUGAAUUUUCGCACACCAAACGGCUUAGUUACAACAACACCGAAUUAGACUUGGAAACUGCGGAAAAAUGUCGCGACAUUAUCUGCGAUUUCGAUGCCACUUGUGAAAUUGGUCCGGACAAUUUUCCCCGUUGUACUUGCCAGUUUGAUUGCGAAAACAUUGCUUCAGAACAGUCAGUAUGUGCUUCCGAUAAGAAAAUGUACCCUACUCUUUGCGCAAUGAAAAUGGAAGCGUGCCAAAGGCAGCAGGAAUUACGACUGAGACCGCUUGAAGUUUGCAAAGGUUCCGAGGUGAAGCCGUGCAACGGGGAAAAACCAGUUGUAGAUCCAUUCACAAACGAAGAAUUUGAUUGCGGUAACAACGCAAACAGGAGAGAUUGUCCUACAGGAAGCUACUGUCACAUUACUCUAACAGUAGCUCGAUGCUGUCCAAUAGAAGUGAAGAAGGAAAGUAACAGUUGCAAAGAUAGUUGGUAUGGCUGCUGUCCAGACGAAAAGACCCCAGCGCAAGGUCCUAACAAUGCAGGUUGCCCUUCUGUGUGCAGAUGCAACAGACUCGGUUCAUAUUCGAAAUCGUGUGAUCCAACGACACUGCAGUGUCCAUGUAAGCCAGGAGUUGGUGGGCAGAAAUGCGACAGUUGCUUGCCGGGAUUUUGGGGCCUACAACAUAUAGACAAAGGGAGCGUAGGGUGCAUCCCUUGCGCCUGUUCGGCGUUCGGAUCGGUUCGCGUUGAUUGCGAACAAAUGACGGGAAGAUGCGUCUGCAAACCGGGCGUGCAGGGGAAUAAGUGCACGUUCUGUUCAAAUCCGGACAAAGUGCUAGGACCAAACGGCUGUGUGCCAGCAGACGUAGCAGCUCCGCCUCCCACUACGUGCAAAGAAUUGACUUGCCAUUUCGGAGCGUCCUGUGUUGAACAAGGAGGAACAGCCUUUUGUGACUGCUAUAACGAAUGUAACGAAAAAACCGAUAAUCAAAUUGUUUGCGGAAGCGAUGAUCAAACAUAUACGUCCUCGUGUCAACUUCAGCUUCUGGCCUGUCGUUUACAGAAAGAUAUUGUCGUGCAGGCUUUCGGUCCUUGCAAAGAUGAUACCCUGCCUGGUACGGAACUCCCAUUCCGUCGUUACACACCCCUACAGUUUACUCAAUCGGACGAAUCAAAUUCGCCAUUAUCCAAGUCGACACGUCAUCUAAUGGUACCAGAUCUAAAGGUGUACUACGAACGCGCAGGGUCGUAUAUACCGCCCCGAAGUUCUUACCCCGACACCCAGUACAUUAGCAACAGUGCUUCGAUCGGGAAUGACCUUUAUCCAUCGUCGGGAACUGGCAUUUUCGAAAGUCGCGGAGAGCAUAUUGCAGCGGCUUAUAGGCCGACCCCUGCCACCGUACGAGUUAUAACAGCUCUCUUAGGAGAUCUUUGUUCAAAUGAUUCAGAUUGUCUCAUCCUCCACAGUUCUUGUGUCGGAGGUGCAUGCACAUGCUUGCCCGGUUAUGCCGAAUCGUCCGAUCGCCAAGCAUGCAACGAGGCCAGCACUACUGAAGAAUUCCGGGCAUGUUUUUCAUCUCCGUGCGCCGAAGGAAGCCGCUGCGUUGACCUGCCAGCAGCCAGUUUUGCAUGUAUAUGUUCUGUAAAUUUUACAGGACAGCUUUGUGAUAUACCAAUAUCGAAAACAAACUUCGACGUGCCGUCCUUCGAUGGCCAGGCUUAUAUUAGAUUAAAACCACUGAAAGCUUACUAUAAAUUAAGCAUAGAAAUUGAAUUUAAGGCCUACACUAAUAAUGGAAUUUUACUUUAUAAUCAACAACGAGAAAACGGUCAGGGCGAUUUUGUAUCGAUAGCCGUUGUAAACGGAUUCAUCGAAUUUCGUUAUAACUUAGGAAACGGGCCUACUGUCAUCAAAUCAUUAGACAAAAUUCAACUCAAUAGAUACCAUACAGUGGUCGUAAAACGGUAUCGUAGGGAUGGAUUUUUAAAACUGAAUGAAGACGAAAGCAUCGUCGGACAAUCGAAAGGCACCUGGGAAGCCCUAGAUCUAGCAGAGGAAACUUUUGUGGGGAACGUCAUUACAACUUACAAAAAAGUUUACGAAAACAUUGGUACAAAUCAAGGACUUAGGGGUUGUAUACGACGCUUGAAAAUUGGAAGAAGAGGUGUAAAAUUAAACGGCGACGUAGAUGAUUUUGUGUUAGGCGUUCAAGGUAUUCAAGAAUGUGGUAGUGAUCCUUGUUCUGGGUCGCCUUGUCAAAACGACGGAAUUUGCCAGGCUGUAGAUUCAGAAUUGUAUCGUUGCGAGUGUGGCCCGUCUUUCAUAGGAGAUUUCUGCGAAAACGUUAUAGAUCCAUGUCUAUCGAAUCCUUGUAAGGGAGGAUCCGAGUGCUUUUCUUUGGACACGGAAAACUUCAUGUGCCAAUGUCCUGCAGGAAGAAAAGGACGAACGUGUGACUUGGUAGACACAAAUUGGAGCGUAAAGAUACCUGAGUUCAACGGAUCAAGCUACCUUAAGCUACCCACCCUUAAGGGCGUUAUGAAAACAUUUUCGUUAGAAGUGGUUUUUCUUAGUAAAUCAUUAAACGGUCUCAUCUUAUAUAACGGCCAAAAAAAGAAAAACAAAGGUGAUUUCAUAUCUGUAAAUCUUGUAGGAGGUUUUGUUCAAUUCCGAUUCAAUUUGGGCAGUGGUAUUGCAAAUAUAACUUCUAGCAAACCAAUUGAAAUUAAUAAAUGGCAUCGUCUUCGAGUGCUAAGGGAUGGCAGGGAGGGUUUCUUGCAACUGGACGAUUCGUCGAUCGAAAAAGGUUGGUCGGGAGCAUCGUUGACCGACCUAAACCUGGAAUUACCGUUUUUUAUUGGAUCCGUCGAAUCGUGGCGAGAAAUUCAUCGUUUAUCCGAAGCAAACAAGGGAUUUAAAGGAGCAUUACAAAGAUUAGUAGUAAAUGGAGAGUCGAUACCGAUUUCGGCCAACUUUCCGGAAUGUUCCUCUCUACCUGAAAACAUUACCACCUGCAGCUCCGGAGUUGGGCUUUACGAUGGUCCUCCGUGUGUUUCAUCUAAAACUCCGUGCCAUAAUAACGGUCUGUGCAUCCCAAAUCUAGACGAUUACAUCUGUAAAUGCCCGCCCAGCUUCGAAGGAAAACACUGUCAAAUCGCCAAAGAAGAAGGCAUCUCUGUCAAAUUCACCGGCGAAACUUUUCUGCAAUACCGAAAUCGGGGAUACAAAAACGAAACAUUUUAUGAUUAUGAAGAAGACUAUGCGGAGCAAGAGUAUUUAGAAGUAUUAGAAGAUUACGAAUUGGAUUUCGGUUACGAACCAACUGAAUCGUACUCUGAUUUUGAUUUUCCAUGGAAAAAGGCUGAGAGAGGCAACAAGUACAUCUUCAAACUACGAACUUUUGCGUCCGAUGGACUGCUCCUUUGGAGAAGCAAAACUAGAAGUAUUCAGGAAGAUUAUUUCUCCGUGGCGAUAGUAAAUGGCUAUCCUGAACUAAGUUACAAUUUAGGAAAACAAAAGGCUUUCUGGGCUAUAAGAACCAAACGAAGAAUUGAUGACGGAGAGUGGCACACACUGGAAGUUAGACGAAGAAAGAAAAUGGGUUUUAUAUCGGUAGACCAUGAAACGCCCGCUAAAGGGGUGUCAAAUAAUGGGGCUCUUACAUUAAGUACAAAUUCGAAGCUAUGGAUAGGUGGAAUGCCUUCGCUACCACCUGGGCUUCCAUCGGCGUACUACAAAGGUUUCGAGGGUUGUGUAAAGCAUGUCUCCAUCAGUUCCAGACCCCUGAACCUAUUAAAACAUAUUAGUCCGAAAAAGAUAGAAUUUUGCCACGAUAACGAAAUUUAGAGAUAGACUCGCUUAGAUUACCUAUGUAAAUGUAUUUGUAAAUUGUUCUUGACUCUCUCUGUCGAGAUUUGAGACUGAUUAUCUAAACUAAUUUUCAGCGUAAAAAAAAAGAAGAAAAGUCGAUGUUAAAAAAAGAAAAAUAAAAAAAAUAAAAUUUACGUUUACACACACACAUGCACGAAUGUUGAGCAUUAUGUACGUGUUUGUAAACGUGUAUAUAGACUAGUUUUUCAUGCCGUAUACGCUUAUUAACGUACAACCCAAUUAUAAUGACGUACCUACUACAUAUGUAUAUACAUUUCAUUUUUAAUCUGUAUGUACGUAUGUACUACUAAGAAACUAAGUAACUAGAUUUUAUGUACCUAUUGUUAAUCGUAAAUUAUUAAAUACAUAGUACUUACAUACCACACACGAAAAUGCAGUGACCAGAAAUAACAACCGCCGUUAUUUUCACCUUUUUUGAGGGUCACUGUACAUUACGCCCGAAAAAAGCGAAUCAGCUGUACAAAUAGUAUUACUACAUUGGCGCAUUUUGAAAUUAACAUUGAACUCCACACAGGGUAUAUGUCUACUAAAAGAAUAACGCAAUUAAAAAUAGUUAAUUGUCACAAAAACUAAUAACUUAAACAGAAAAUCAAACGUACAUCUCAUAAUCAAUCUAUUCAUACUUCGUUAUUUUAUAAGAAAGAAACUAACACAAAUCCAUCAACAAGAACAAAAAAUAAUUCAACGAAUAAAAAUUAUU